AUAGUACAAAUACUAGCGCCAUCUACUGUUCGUAAUGGUAAAUAUCAAAAUAAUCAGCUGAGUCCCUGAGAAAAGAAAAAAGGACGCCCAACUCAUCAAAGGAUCUUCUUUGAAUCUGGAAACGGAAGCAGCCAGCCCGAAUUUUGAUUGAAUUUUGAUAUUAAGUGAAUUCACUGGUUGGAGCAGAUGUAUAAACCUGGGAAAAGCACGUAAAUUUGUCCGAGUCCCGAGUCUAGCCAGGCAUAACCCGCAGUCGCAGAGUCAGACGUCUGUCACUGCACUGUGCCUGUGGCACAGCUACGGUACACUACACUACAGUGCAGUGCCCAGCCCGCAAUCAGCACCAAGAUCAUCAAUCACAAAGCUGAAUGACAGCGCACAGCCAGGAGACAGUGACAGCAUAGCUCAACAACAAUAAGUGAAAUGUAAAUUAUGUCAACAAAGCAUUGCUGGAGUCAAGAAAAUAAACCAAACUAAAAACAGCUAGGAAUAGGAUCUAAGUUAGAUCAAGAUCUAAGACUAAGCUACCUGAGCUGUGCCUGUGUUCAUAAAAAAUCUCAGAUUUGCAAAUCCAAGAUUUAUUAGUUCAUAGUUGCCAAGAAAUUAAAAAUUCUUUCCAUUUUGUUUUGACUUUAUAUUUUAGUUUUAGCUUGUGCCUGCCUGGCUGUGAAUGUCUAACUUACAAGUUAUAGGGUCUGAGACUGAAGGAUAAUGUGGUGUUAGAUACUUUUUAGUUUAACUUAAUAAAGUAUAUUGGGCAUGUUAUUAAUGUUUGGUCUAUUGAAUUGGGGGCCUUGACACCAUGGUGCAAUUCCACAAUUUAAACAGUGACAGCUGAAAUUUAAAAUUUAUAUUGGUCAUUCCUCAUCAUGUUUAGACUUCAUCUUGUGAACAACAAUUUGUGAGUGAUCUUCUAAACAAAUUUAGAAUGAGACCGAGCAGGUUACAUGUACAAAGACUACAUUUAUGACCAGGAGUGGUGUGAGGAUUUAUUUGUGGAAUCUAAUGCAGCUUACAUGUAUCGCAGUGACCGGUGUCGCCACAAAAAAUGUACCUGAAAUGAUUUGAGACAUUUGAAUGGCAUUUUUAAGAUAUUUGAUGCAUUGUAGACUAGGCACCACCCACCGUCCCCAAACAAGCAGAUUAAAGGAUAAGACGUGCUUAUUAAAGAGGACCAGGACUUGUGUGUUUGCGGCUCCUUUGUGUAAUUAUGCAAUAUGGUGAAACUGAAGGAUUUCCACAUUGUGCUCGACAACAACAAGAAUGUGUAUUCGGCAGGAGAGUUUGUCUCGGGACAUGUUGCUGUCGACCUUCGAGGGGACAUGAAAAUGCGAGGUAUCCGCAUCUACAUGCGUGGACUUGCCAAGGUACAUUGGAGUGAAUCAAGAGGAGGAGGCCACCAAACAGGAUCCUACACCAAAUAUUAUGAUGCAGAGGAGGAGUACUUCUACAUGAAACAAGUCUUAUUCGGAAAAGAUGAAGAUGAAGGUGGAAGUAAUCCCGUUCUGAGAGCAGGCCAUCAUGAACUGAGAUUUAGCUUUCAAAUCCCAUAUGGGAGAGUUGCCACAUCGUUUGAAGGAAAGUAUGGCAGGAUACGCUACUGGCUAAAGGCUGAGAUUGAUAAACCAUGGGGCUUCAAUAGCAAAACCAAGAGAGCAUUCACCGUCAUUGAUCACAUCGAUAUCAAUACACCUCAACUUUUGGCUCCACAAACAGGUUUUCAAGAAAAGACUGUAUGCUGUGGACUAUGCGUGGCGGGUAAUAUCAGCAUGUCAAUAAAGACCGAUCGCAAAGGAUACUGCCCAGGAGAAUCUAUUGCCAUAUCAGCAGAGUUUCAAAACGGUUCUGCCCGGCGCAUAAAACCCCGUGCUACUCUGUACCAAAGGACCACAUUUUUUGCCGAUGGAAAAUCAAGAUCCGUACGCAAUGCAGUAGCCGGUCUGCAAGGGAACACAAUCCGAGGACGGCGGACCGAGAACUGGAACAAUAAACUUUUGAAGAUCCCGCCAAUCACACCGACGUUGACCAACUGUGGUAUAAUAAAACUGGAAUAUUUCCUUACGAUAUGUUUAGAUAUCACCGGAGCUAUGAACCUGUAUCUUCACCUAUCCAUCGUGGUUGGUACCGUGCCUCUAAGAGCCCCUCCCUACACUCCGUUUGAUGUGCUAGCGGUAGGAAGCAGCGGUAUAGAGGUGUCUUAUCCCAGUAUCUUCCCGUCAUCGUCCCUCUCGGAAGCAGAAGCGCCCCCAAGCUAUGCAGAGUGCGUGUUUGGAGGAGUGGAUAUACGAGAUGACGAACCGGGCGAUGCAGAGAUGACGGGGGAUCCCAUGUUCACACCGAUGUAUACUUACGUUUCUAAUUACGAAUUCAGGCAACCACCACCACCCUAUUCAUUGACGGAUCCUAACGUCCAUAGUAGCGAAGAAACAACCAGACAAUCGUCGCUAUGUGAGGGAGUGUCAUAGAGCCUGACCAUAGAUUCAACACGUUUUGAUUGUCUGCUAGAUGAAUAUGUUUUUCGGACCAUCUCUGAACCAAGAUCAAAAUGCCAUCAUCAUUCUGCAAGUUUGUACCAAAUGAGUGCCAUAGGGGUACCUCAGGUAUAUCAAAAGGCACGUCGUCACCUCUUUUAUUCAGAUGAUACUUGCUUUUUUGUUUUUCUGUCCUUUCAUUCACUUGAUAGUUAUGGCCACUUGUAUAAUGAUCAGACGCUGUCACAUUGUGACGCUAUUGUUGCUUUUCAUCGAAUUGUUCAUAACCAAUGGAUUUAUCAUUAUUUUUUCAGGUAUUUGGACAUUUUUAAAAGAAAAACUUUGCUGUCAUUGCUAAUGUAAUAAUUCAGCAAUCUGCAAAAUGAAAAUGUACUUAAGAAUUGUAUAAAAAUCAUGUAAAAUAAGCCAGCAAAGUUAUAAAAUAUGAAUCAUUUCUUGAGACAUAAUCUAUGGGGAAGUGAUGCAAAUUAAUGAUGAUGAUUAUAAGAGAUAACUCUUUGAAAUUAUGUGUUCUUAUGUAAUUCAUUGUGGUUGCAUACGAGAUAAACUAUGAAUCAAAGUUACUGAAUUUUUUGUUUAACCCUGCAUGAGAGAUGCAUGAAGAUAGUGACGGUGUGCAAAUAGUGAAUAGGCAUGAGUGUGAUGGUACAAGAUUUUGGAUGAGGUUAAAGAAAGAUGCUCUAUUCAACAAGACGUAGCUGAGUCAUCUGAGUGUCUCUUUUCUUUCACCAAAUGUGAGAUGUCACACUGCUGCAUGAAGAAGAGUAUUCACUAUUCGUGUUGUACAAUGCAUCAGAAGUUACAUGUUGCAACAAAUAUGAAGGACAAUAAAUUUUCACCCUACUUUAAUCUAUGAAAAAGAGCAAAGAAUCAUUGAAAGCGAAAAUCAAAAUUCCUCAAGGGCAGCAGUGCGCAUUGAGCCAGUUGGCCCUACGCGUAUUGCUCCUGUACUUAUUAACUGAGUGAAAUGAAUUGUAUUGUGACGUCAUCUCCUAAGCCAUGCAACUGUACGUUUUGGACGGUACGGAAUGUUGCACAUUUAGCCUUUCAUUUGCUUGCAUACAACAAGCAAAGCAGGCAUCCAAUAUUGGUUAUCAUCAACUGAAAUUGAAGAGACUUUCCUGCAGUCCAUCAAGCAGCAGCAUUGGUCAGAAUCUCUACAACCUUGAGAAAUAUUUAUUUAGGCACGUACAGUAGCGACAACUGUAUAGAAGGACCUUGUAUAUAGACCCUUCACAUGGUUGGUGUCCCUUGCAUAGUAUCCCACUUUCAAACAUGUAUUACAGGAACCUGUAUAUAAAAACCACCUGCACUUAAAGACGGCUUUUCUUGUCUCCCGUCAGUGGUCUUUCUGUACAGGUUUCAGGGUGUAAUGACUAGAUUAGCACCAUUAAUG